UGAAUUUCAAAUACGAUGAAAAAGGAGCUGCUAUGCUCUCGAGAGUACCCCACGCAGUGUCCUCUCUCUCUCUCUCUCUCUCUCUUUCGCUUCUGUAAGGUUCCAUUGCAAGGAGAACACUUCAAGGUAUGGGUGGCUCGGGGAAGUGGAUCAAGUCCUUCAUGGUAGGCCUCAAGAAGCAAGCGCAGGACGGCACUGAAAAGAGUGAUAGUGGUGGCGGUGGUGGCAAUGGUAGGAGCAGGAAGUGGAAGAAGCUGUGGAGGAGCUCCUCAUGGGACAACCUGUCGCUGCGGCGGGGGUCGGGGGGCAUCUGCCACCGCUCGGUGGCGUCGGAGGCCUCCGACGUCUCGUCGGUCACCGACGCCUUCACCACCGCCGCCGCGACCGUCGUCCGCGCCCCGCCCAGGGACUUCCAGGUGGUCAGGCAGGAGUGGGCGGCUAUCCGCAUCCAGACCGCCUUCCGCGCCUUCCUGGCCAGGAGAGCGCUGAGGGCGUUGAGAGGGAUCGUGAGGCUGCAGGCCAUAGUGCGCGGGCGGCAGGUGAGGAAGCAGGCGGCUGUGGCGCUGAGGUGCAUGCAGGCCCUCGUCCGAGUGCAGGCGCGCGUGCGGGCGCGGCGGGCGCGCAUGUCCACCGAGGGACUGGCCGUGAAGAAGAUGCUCGAGGCUCGUCGAGGCAAAAUGGAUCCUCUCAAGGAAGCAGAGGAAGGAUGGUGUGACAGUCCAGGAACGUUAGAGGAAGUAAGAGAAAAGUUACACAUGAGGCAGAAAGGAACUGUCAAGAGGGAGAAGGUUACUUGUUAUGCUCUAUCUCAUCAGCAAUCAAGACCAGCAGUGACUGGAAGGUCAAAGCACACUCCGGCCUCUCUCAAGCAUCGUGGUUUUGAUAGGGGUGGUGGGAACUGGAAUUGGUUAGAGCGGUGGAUGGCUGCAAAAACCUGGGAGAGCAGGUUGAUGGAAUGCAAUGUUUCUGAAGCUCAAUGCAAAGAAGAUAACCGUGGAAUCUAUUCAACAUGUUCUGAACUCGGUCCAGUGAACAUAAAGAAGAACAACAUCUCCAUGAGGAUUUCAGCAAGACCUCCAACCAUGCCUGCCAGCCACUGCGGCAGAACUCUUUGUGCUUCAUCUCCAAGCACUGGCUUAUUCAACAAUGAGAGUUCUGCAUCAUCAUCUUCUGCUUACAUGUCUACGCCGAUCUCAAGCAGCGCCUGUUUAGUUUCAGAUAGAACUGAGGACAGCAACAGGAGUAGGCCCAACUACAUGAACCUGACUGAAUCGAUCAAGGCAAAGCAGAAGGCUUCGAAUACACAGAAGAUGACAGUGCAGGAACAUCCAUCAGGGGGUGUUCAGUCUCACCGGAAGACUUCAUCUGACAUUGACAUGAAGACCACUGACUGUUCAAACCCUCCUUCAUUGUUAUGCUGCAAACUAGAGAAUCAUCUGCCACAGAAGGAUAAGAUUUCGAUGAGAAGCAUGAGUAGAGAGACUCACUGUUACCGCAAACGACAUGCUUGUGUGUCUUAGUGUUCUGGUUUAUUGAACAUCUUGAUGUCAUGUGUGAUUAUAACAUCUGAGCAAUUGAAACUUCUGUUUGCCAAGAGAUUUGCAUUGUUUCGACCAGGAUGCUUUCUUCUACUUGCUUGUUUCUAA